UGCGAACACUUUUUGCUAUGGUAGGUCUUGUGCUUAUCCAAAUACAACUGUGCACGACAUAUGUUUCGAUUUUUCAGUGUGUAAGUUGAUUUGGAUUUUUCAAUAUCCAGUGCAAGAGUGAGUUGGAAUUCAAGUGUUUUUUAAGAAAAACUUUGAUCACAAAACUUUACCAUGGCUCUACGCGUUCUUAACAUGGCACUCCGCCGCCAAUUGGCUGCCCAAUUGCCCCGCACAUCCCAAGUCGGCAGCGUAGCCUCUGUUCACACCUUGGAUAAAAUUGGCAAACGUGAAAUCGUGGGCUACGGCUGGAACGGCACAGCUUGCUAUGUUGAUCGUGUUGACUAUCCCAUGCCUCCAGUUCGUUUCCGCGAGCCAACCAACGAAAUCAACAACUUGCGUGAAAAGGAGAAGGGAGAUUGGAAGAAGUUGAGUGUCGAAGAGAAAAAGGCUUUGUACCGUGCCAGUUUCUGCCAAACAUUAGCCGAACUUAAAGCUCCCUCCGGGGAAUGGAAAUUGCAUUUGGGUAUGGGUUUGUUGUUUGCCAGUGCCGCUAUCUGGGUGGCUAUUCUCAUGAACCUUUUCGUUUAUGAUGAAUUACCUGCUUCUUUCGAUGAGGAACACCAAAAGGCCCAAUUGAAGCGUAUGCUCGAUUUGGAAAUCAAUCCCGUUGCUGGCCUCUCAUCCAAAUGGGACUACGAAAACAAGAGGUGGAAGAACUAAAUUUACCACUUCGAGUGGAGAAAAUAGUUUUUCCUUUCGUAUAUCUAAGUCGAUAACUUUAAUGUUUAGCCCAUUUUUAUUGUGACUUGAAAUGUAAAAAGUUGAAUUCCCUUGAUGAAAUUAUUAAAUGUACAAGUCAAGCUUUAAAAAAAUACCGAAAAAUGAACGGGAAGAGCGAAGUAUGUAUCGCAAUAAUAAUGUGGUAAAAAAAUUAAGAA